UUCCUUUCCAAUACUUUUCAGAAAGCAUUUAGAAAAGGUAGCGUACUUGGUUCGUUUUGUUGUUAAAUAUCCAUUCAAUAAACGAUGAAAUUAUUUUAUUAUUAAGAGAAUUGAGCUACAGUGUAUUUGAAUCCGUAACGAUGGCUAAUGGACCGAUUGCUGAACGAAAUAGAGAUGCAACAAUCUAUGUUGGUGGUUUAGAUGAUAAAGUUACAGAAUCGUUAUUAUGGGAACUCUUCGUACAGUCUGGACCUUUGGUCAACGUUCACAUGCCCAAAGAUCGAGUCACAAUGAUGCACCAAGGCUAUGGUUUCGUGGAAUUCAUGGGUGAAGAAGAUGCCGAUUAUGCUAUAAAAAUAAUGAAUAUGAUAAAACUUUAUGGAAAGCCAAUAAGAGUGAAUAAAGCAUCAGCUCAUCAAAAAAAUUUGGACGUGGGGGCGAACAUUUUCAUCGGGAAUUUAGACCCAGAAGUGGAUGAAAAGCUACUUUACGACACAUUUUCAGCUUUUGGAGUUAUACUUCAAACACCUAAGAUAAUGAGAGACCCUGACACUGGUAAUUCCAAAGGCUUUGCUUUCAUUAAUUUUGCCAGUUUUGAGGCUUCUGACGCAUCAAUUGAAGCGAUGAAUGGUCAAUAUCUCUGUAACCGCCCCAUUUCCGUCUCCUACGCCUUUAAAAAGGACUCCAAAGGUGAACGUCACGGUUCUGCAGCUGAGCGUCUUCUAGCGGCCCAAAAUCCCUUAUCACAAGCCGACCGCCCCCAUCAGCUCUUCGCCGAUGCCCCGCCAAUGGGCAUGAUGCCCCCAGGAAUGGCUCUAGCCCCACCUCCCCCUCCUGUUAUACUAGCUGGCAUGAUGCCUCCCCCACCACCUACACCGGCAAGUAUGCAACCACCACCUCCUCCACCAGUCCCACCACCCAGUUCUUUUCCCUCGGGAAUCCCUCCCCCGCCUUUGCCCCCGUCCCAACCGCCCUUACCGCCAGGUGCACCUCCACCACCACCAACUUCAUCAGGUGGAUCAGCACGACCCCCUUUACCACCGAUGCCUACAUCAACGCAAGCUUCAGGCGCCCCAAGGAUGAUUCCUCCGCCAUGGCAAGGUGGGGCUAAUAAUUUACCUCCACCACCACCUGGACCACCGACCUCAGUGCCAACUUCAGGUGCGCCGCCAUUUCCUGGAUGUUUUCCGCCGCCACCACCCCCAGGAGGACGACCGCCGAAUUGGAGACCACCGGUUAAUUUUGGAGGACCAGGGAGACCUCCUUUCCCACCAAGGGGUCCUCCACCACCGCCCCCAAAUAAUUUUAGUGAAAAUAGUUGGUAAUGAAAUCAUUGAUAAAAUAAAACAAAAAUUAAGUUGAGAGGUAA